CCCCCCCCCUCCCCGAAACAUUUCUGUCGGUCAAGUACACCCACAUAGCGCCAUGAUUAAGACCGUGCUGAUCAUCAACAACCAGGGCAAGCCGCGCCUGACCAAGUUCUAUAGCCGCGGCGGCCCCGGUGGCGGUCAGCGCCCGGAUGAGGCCACCCAGCAGAGGAUUAUCCGCGAGAUCGCCCAGCUGGUCACUCGUCGGCCGGACUCCAUGUGUAAUUUCCUCGAGGGAUCUAAGAUGCUCGGCGGCCCCGAUUCGAAGAUCAUCUACCGGCACUAUGCCACACUCUACUUUGUCUUCGAGGUGGACUCCUCCGAGUCGGAGCUCGGCAUUCUGGAUCUGAUUCAUGUCUUUGUCGAGACCAUGGAUUACGCCUUCAAGAGCGUGCGCGAGAUCGACAUCAUCUUCCACUCGGACAAGGUCCACUACAUCCUGGACGAAAUCAUCAUGGGUGGCAUGGUCCUGGAGACCAAUGUUCGAGAGAUCAUUGGCGCCCUCGAGGCGUCCGUGCGCCUGGAGCGCGAGCAGAAGGAGCUCUCCAACAAGGCCCUGGCCUCCGGCCGUAACCAUGGCAGCGGGCGGUCCCCCUCUGUGCGCUAAGCCAGCAGGGCCAAGUGGGCGCCGGUCCUCUGCCACCUCCUCGUCGUGUGCCUGGCGCCGCGCGCGAUACUUCUCCUGUCCUCUUUCCCUGUCUCCCCUGUACCAUAGAUUGCAUCCUUUUCC